AUGGCAAUCGGAAACGACCCUCUCCAUGUCAGCGAUGUUAUGGCGGAUGCGCUGAACCACUUGAACAGGGUGGUGGAGCAUCUGCGAGGCGAAGGUGAAAAUGAAGCAGCGAAUGGCAUCGCACGCGACGUCCACUCCAUGCUUGACACGUUCAAUCAUACCACGGCCCCUUGGUCUAUGGACAAAUUCCACAUGAACUCCAUCCCUGUCGCCAAAGCUCAACUACUCCCCCAAAACGGCAGUGCCGGUCGUGCUGUGGCAAGACCCAAUACUUCGUCCACUUGGGCAGCGGUCGCUGCAACCGACAUCCCGAGCAACAAUCGUUUGGUCAAGUUUGGACCGUCUGAUGGAUUAAAGCGACACAUCACCGAGCAGGACUCGCCGAACAAGGGCCCGCCGCGGGAGGAGGACUUCCGCUGCAUAUGGAUCUAUGGCUGGUCCAAAGAUAAGCCCUUGAGCAUGGUGACGGAACGAAUCAGCACCGGUGCCAUCUUUUCCAUGGCAUACGUGGAGCAAUAUGAGGCCGUCUGCGUCAUCUUCCAGUACGCCGGCGCAGCCAUGAUCUUCAUGAACGAAGAAGCUGAAGCAGUUCAUGACUAUGGUCUUGGCUUGUUCGGAAAAGGCCAUGAGGUCAAGUAUGGCGAGCCGUAUCCCGAGAACGAAGACCUCGUUCGCAUGCAACCUCCCACCAACGAGCGCCGCCGCUUGACCUUUGCCCGUCAGCAACUCUUCACCAAUGGUUUGACCGAGGAGAGAUUCAGGAGGGACUUGGCCGAGCUUGUCGGUCGACACAACGUCGAGUUGGUAUGGCUGUUCAACACUGGCAAUGCCACCGCCGUCUUUUCAUCGACUGUCAUUGCCCGCAUUGUCCGAGACGAGUUUCUUCGUCGAUCGAGGAGACCGGGUCCUUACCAAGAGGUCCAGGUUGGGUUUUCUCAUGACCCAUGCGAACGUCCCAUGAACUUGAUCACUCAAAUUCCUUACCCCGCCCCAGGUCCUCGAGAUCGCAGCAACAGUGCAAAGUCUGGAUCGAGUGGCCGUUCCUACAACCCCAAUGCUGCCAAAUUUAUUCCAGGCGCAGGCCCCCGUGUCAGGAAGGGUACCGAUUCGGAUGGUUGGCAGACUGUUCAACGCCGACGCUAA